AUGCGCUUCUCCACCGUCUUCCUCAGUUUUCUUUCCGUCGCCCUUGCCGCCCGCCCCUUCCUGAACGAACCCGAUACUGGUAUCGAGGAAGUCUUCGGCUCCCUUCCCGCAGGCACUCUCCCGGAGCUCUCCCUGAUCGCCGGCCUCCCCGACUUCGAGUGGGCGGCCAAACGGGUCCUCCAUCCGUUCUCCUACAUGCACUUCCGCAACGGAGCGAGCGGAGAGUAUUCAUACAGGAACAACCUGGAGAUUUUCCAUCGGUACCGGUUCAGGCCGAGGGUGAUGCAGGACGUGACGAACGUCGCGUCGACGCUGCCGAUCACGCUUCUGGGCCACAAUUUCUCCGCGCCGAUUUUCAUAAGCCCGUGUGCGCGUGCUGGACUCGCUCACCCCGAGUCCGAGCUCGGGUUGGUGAGGGGUGCUGCUGCUGAAAACAUCCUCUACAUGCCUUCGCUCUUUGCCAACCUUUCCAUCGAAGAUAUAUCCGCAGCCAAAGGGGAAGGCCAAGUUCUAUUCCAACAGAUAAACAAAGCCUCAAUCGAUAAUGACACGCAAGCCCUCUUCCAGCGCAUCGAGAGCUCUGGUGCAAAGGCUAUCGUAUUCACCGUCGACGCCGUUUCACCCCGAAACAGACAACGUUCUGGCCGUUUCGGCUUCGAUCAGGGUGAUUAUUCCUCCUAUGAUCUCGCCACGUGGGACACCUACAAGCAGCUCCAAACUAUGACUUCGCUCCCCAUCGUCCUCAAGGGCAUCAUGUCCGUCGAAGACGCACGCGCAGCCGUCGCCGCUGGUGUACCCGCCAUCAUCCUCUCCAACCACGGUGGCCGCCAGCUCGACGGUGCUCCCUCCCCGCUCGAGGUCGCCCUCGAGAUACACGAGAAGUCCCCAGAGGUCUUCACACAGAUCGAGGUGUACGCCGACGGAGGGGUGCGUUAUGGGACUGACGUCCUCAGGCUUCUCGCCCUGGGCGUGCGGGCUGUAGGAUUGGGCCGGCCGUUUAUGUAUGCUAACGUCUAUGGUACGGAGGGCGUCACGUAUGCGAUCCAGAUGCUGAAGCGCGAGAUUGCGGUUGACGCGGGGAAUUUGGGGCUGCCUGAUUUGAAGGCGAUUAAUGCAUCUUAUGUUAACUGGACGCCGGAUCUCCGCCUCUAG